UGACGAUUCAGCGCGGGCCAUCCAGUUAUUGGAUGAUGUCUGAAACUGAUAAUUUUGAAUGGGAAUUAUCUAAAGAGAAUAUAAAACCAUUGAAAAGUGGUCGAUCUGUUGAAUUAUUAAAUAAAGUAUUAACAUCACAGCGAUCAAAUGAAUUUCAAUUGAGACGUCGUCUUUUAAGAGAAUAUUUUGAAUUAAAAUUGGCCAGUUUACCUAUAUCUAAUAAGAAGUUUCAAUUGUAUUCAAGAUAUAUCAAAUGGAUUGAACAAAAUUAUCCUUCAUUAGGCAAAUGUGCUGACUUACAAAAUGUUCUCUAUCGAUCCAUACGAGAUUCAUCCGACUUACCGGGGAUAAAAAACAAUGAUACUUAUGUGGGAAAUUGGAUUAAACUUACAGAAUAUUGUAAUCAACCAACUGAAUUAUUUGAAUUAUUAUUUCGACAAGGUAUUGGUACAAUGUGUUCUGAAUUCUAUGUUACAUGGUGUCAAUUACUUGAAAAAAACAAAAAUUAUCGUAAAAUUGCUUCAAUUUAUGCUCAUGGUUUACGUGCUGGUGCUAAACCUUUAUUAUGGUUAGAAGAUAGAGCUGAAGCGUUUUUUCAGAGGUACGAACAUUCUUUAAAGUCUACUGUUACAUCAUCAUCAUCUGAUAUUGUUAGCACAUUCACAUCUGAUAAUUCUUAUAAUGAAAAUCACAAUGAAAAUACAAGAAAGAAAUUAGCUUCAUUACGUUUAGUUGAAACUAGUACACAAGAGAAUAAUUUAGUUGCUCCAGUAAUAAGAACCAAAGAAAUGUGGCGUUCGAAUCAAUCAGGUUUGGGAACUAUUCAUUCAUCGGAAAGUAUUAUUUCUAAUAAAUGUAAUUAUCAAAUUAAACAAGAUAAAUUAUCUCAAGAAAAUUCUGUAUUCAUACGUGAUCUACCACCGAUCACAUCAGAUUUUAUACGACCUGUUGGAAUACCUUCAUCAUGGCAAAAAGAAAAUCAAUUAGAACCUAGUUCAUGGAAUAAAGCACAGUUAAGUACAACUACAACAGUCCCUGCAUCAUCCAGAUCGAUAGGUCUACCCAGUUGGGAAAUUUUCACAGAAGAUCAAGUUGAACAACAACAGAUGGACACUUCAAAUCCGUUAAAUAGUACACAACAGUCAAUUAUUUGUACUAAACGUAAAGGUUUAAAAAUGAAAUCCUCAUUCAAAGAUAAUGAUACUUAUCAACAAUUAAAUGAGAUUUCUUUUAUUGAAAUUACAUCAUUUAAUCAUUUAUUACAUCAUAAUGAUCGUGUUAAUCAUUCAUCAAAUCAACAUGAUGAUCAUUAUCAAAGUGAUAGAUUAUUAACUAAAUUAAAUUUACCAAGUUUCCCCGGUGAUAACAUAUCAGAAGUUGAUUGUUUUGCAUUUGAUAUCUCUCUUAUUUAUGGUGGAAUUGAAGAACUAUGUUGGGAAAUGCAUCGUGGUGUAAAAUGGGAUGUAAAUUACACUAAUUCAUUGAAUAAUUCUCCAACAAAAUAUGAUCAUCGAAAAAUGUUGAAUGAUUUCUGGGAUAAAGAAGAAUUAGAAUUGAUUAAAGAAAUCGAUGCUAUCAUACAUAAUAAUAACAAUGAUGAAACUGUUAAUAAUCAAAUGAAUGAUCAAUUAUUAAAGAGUAAAAUUGUUGAAUCCACUCGUCAUGCACUGAUCAAAUCAUUAGAAAGUAUUGCAUUGAAUAAAGAAAGCUAAAAUUGUACUAUACUAUAUAUGAUAUAGAGAUUCAAGUAAAAACAUAUUCCUUUACAUUUUGUUCUGUUUACUUGAUGUUUAUUCUCAUUGUUUCAUUUAUGAUACAAUUCAACUCGAGAUUGCUGCUUCUUCAGUUGAUUAAAAUGUAGCAUUAAAUAAUAAGUCUCAUAUUAUAUAGAUUCAUCAUCAUUAA